AACGCAUGAAGAUGCGCGCAAACAUGUCUGCAAUAAAGCAGGAUCGAAGUUGAGAACUUGAAAUACUAUUUAUGAGGAAGACACGAUGUGCGAUCACAAAGAACUCCUAAACCGCUCGGUGCUUCGUUGCCGGGGUGUAGCACUUGAAUUUGCACGAGCUCGACCGUGCGAAUGGAGCUCGGCUCUCUCCUCGGUUUUGGGAUACGGGCUCUUGGACAGACAUUCGGUCGCGGGCAUUGGGAAGCGCUUUCAGGAUUCUUCCAGUACUUGGUGUCGUUCUGGGCGUGUGGGAGGGAUGCCGGUUUCGGGACAAGCUUCCGACAUCUUGGUUGCAAAAUCUGGUGGCUCAAUUUCCUGCCUAUUGACGAUCAGCCCAUGGAAAUAAUCAAUCCCACAAACAAUUCACCUGUCGUCGUCUGCCAUUCUCGAAAGAAAUCCUCCGAACCGAGUUCGCGAAAGAUGGGAUGGCGUUCCUUUUACCGUGAGCGGUUACGCGAUACCCAAGGUGUUGCGAAUCUAGCAAGGAGGGCUUGAAAGAACAAUCAGAAAUGCAAAAUGGAACAAUAACUUUCCAGUCCCGUGGGAUCAAUCUCGCCCAUGCCUUUUCCGAGUUCCUUGGCUCGUGUGGCAGCAUCUGAAAAGCGACCAAGAGGCUUCGGAAGCUUGGGACCCGGUUUUUGACGUUUGCCGGGUUUUCUGGCUUGGUCGGCGAUGCCAGAUUCCUCUGCUGCACGCUUGGUUCGGGCUGCCAAAAUGUCAUCAUAAGCCAUGAUUUUGGCCCUUCCGAUCACCGUGGACCUGGUCGAUGAUCGCGUCUUUUUUUCAUUGUUUUGCUCGAACAAGUUCUUGUUCUCCGCCCGGAGGAGCGCACAGUCAGCACGCGACUUUUGAACUGCGUUGUGGAACUUGGCAAAUCGUCGUUUGACAGGACUGUCAAGAUCACCCAUAUCCUGUUCCAGCUUCUUGCUCAGCAAUGUGAUACCCUCAGAAGUGGUGGGGGUGGUCAGCAGGUCAUUCGGCGACGGAACUUCUACAUUCACGGUCUGCGUCCGAGGAUCAGUUGCCUCAGUGAGUGGUGGCUGGAUGUCAUCGGGCACCUGGGCCGGAUUGAACGGGUGGAGGCCCGCCUUGCACCAAGCGGAUUUGAUAUUCCGCGGAGUGAAGGCUUCGUCGCGUGCUCGGCUGUAAAGUAGGGUGAAGUGCUGCUUGCCUACGGUGUUAGCGCCGCCACGAUACAGUACAAGUUCUCGACCUGUUCACGAUAAGCACUUUUGAGGGAACUAAAGACGGUGAGAUCGCACGGUUGGAGCUUGUGCGAGGUGUGUGAGGGGAGUCGGCAAAGAAUGAUGUUUUCUCGAAACAAAACUUCAGGAUUUCUUCGGAUUCGUGUGUUUCAAAGCCAUCGUUGAUGAGCACGCGAGGUCGACCGUUGGCUCGAGUUCUGGUGGAAGGAUCGAAGACGUGUUGAAUCCAAUACAGGCUGAUCGCCUUCAUUGGUGCGUCCACUAUCCGAGCAGGCAAAGUGCCAUCCGGGGGUAGGAUGGGUGGUCCAAUUACUGCGGUGCGUGGACGCUGCCCAGAUGAUGAGUGGC